AAAUCAUUUUGAUAUAUGUGCUUAUGAAAUUUUCAAAGAUAAAAUAAAUAAAGGCGUCAGCCAAAAGUUCAAACAAAUAGCAUCAUACUGAUUGGGGUAUUCCAUGAGCGGCUCGCCGGCUCCCGUAGUAUCAACAAAAAUCAAAAACUGAAGCAAAUACAAUGAAUAGAUUCACCACCGGGGCAAAUCUACAGGUAAACAAUAGCAUAGCCGCAACACAUCAUUUGGCUUAUAUGCUGCAGUCUAGUUGGCAUCCUCAGCCAUGCGAACAAUCUCGCAAAGACUGCGAAUCAAGAAUGUGUCUGCGUCCUCAACUGCCACUUCAACGAUUACAUCGUCUGUAGCAUUACUGGUACCUGCCAGCUUUGCCGUGGCAACGAGCUGAGCAAUACACUUGAAUAAGUCUGCUUGAAUAUUGCGAAUAGAACUCUCCUGACUGGGAUUCAUGUUGGAGGGAAUCGAAAUAUCUUCUCUCAUCCACGGAGUCAUCUGAGAACUAAUCUUCUUAGUUAGACGACCGACUUUGUUAUGAAGUUGGUCACCGCCCCCUCCUAAUCCAAGAAGAGAGGCAGCCUUCUUUGGUAUAUCUUCUUGCUGUGAUUCAUUGCGCAAAAUGCUUCCAUUGCGUCUAAUGGAUGGUGUGUCAUUUUGGGGCAGUUUAGCCGCCAAAGCAGAUAUAUAGUUGUAGGCCACAAUAUGCGCAUACAUGGCGUCACAAAUGUAAUCGGAGCAAUGGUUGAAUACAUUUCGCAAAGAAGCCCAAGGCUUGAUAGCUUCAACAGAAAGCAUACUUGCAGAAGUCAAUGUAGGCUUGCUAGAAAUACUAGCGCUGUCGCCACGGCGGUGUGAAACUACCUUUCGCCAAAGAGACUUCUUUUCGACAUAAGUUGGUGAAGUUGGAGGUGUGAUAUCGAGUGGCUUCAUAACCGGGUGCCGAACCUUUUUCGCAUAUGAACGAAUGGUUUCGAUGGUAAGACUCGAGGAAAGUAGCAUGGUUUCAGGGAAGCAGGUUGUCGAGACCCGAAGAGUUUCAACAACAUCAGGGGGUAGAGGAACAAUCUUGGCCAUAUCAUCACCGUUGUUGGUCGAUAUAGGACAGCCUUGAACACUGCUGUUCAACCAGGAUUGGACACUGGGGGCAUGCGAAGGGGAAAUGGAUGGUCGGGCAUGAAGGUUCUGAUGACUUAGAGGAAGGACGCCUUGCUCAGCAGUAGACAUAGCCUCCAAAUCAGAAAGAUAUCCGUCGUCGAGAUGGGUGACUUCAGGCGCAACAUUCGUUUGAAUAGCCAGUGGUCUGGGUGGUACAGGUCGGUAUGCUGUUGACUGCAUUCGGUCAUAAACCUGAGCUGCGGAAUCCAUCAGAUCAUCUUCAUGAGCUUCAUAGCGCCGUAAAGCAGGAGAUGAUGCUCGUGCGCGUGUCUCGAUGGGGCUGACGAUAUCAGGGGUUUGAGCUCGACGGUAUUGAGCUGCUGAGCCCCGAGGUGCUUGCGCUGAUGCGCAUGAGAGACUCCGUCUGGGGAUUCCCAUAGGCGAGCCUCCACUAACGGAAUGGGACUUUUUGUGUACGAAAGGAGAGCGGCCUGUGUCGGCACAGCUUGCAGUGAUGGGAAGCGAUUUUCGGACUAUGGGUUUAAAUUGUUGAGGGACAGUGAGUGAUCGAAGGGAGGCUUGAGAUCGACCAUCGGGGAAUAGAUCGGUUGCUUGUUGGCGCCUCAUGGUUUCUGGUUCGUCAUCAUCAUCUGAGUCACAGUUGAUCCAACUCGACUCAAUGGCGGCAGGAGUCGGUUCAGGUGAGCUCGGUGGCGAUGGCUUCCAGGUUGAUGAGUCCAAAGAAGUCGCUGCUGUGGCAAUAGACUGGUUCCUGUAGCGAAAGGAAGGUGGUGGCAUGCCUCCUGAUGCUUCACUUCCGACAGUGCUGUCCACCUCAGAAGCAGUGUCAACCAUGGCAGUAGGGUCUUGUGUAAUAAGCAAGGACGGGUCUCGCUCUUCGAUAGCACCUAGAGACCGUAUUCUAGCUGAGGCAGUGUAGUAUGGAGAUGAUGCUCGUGGUCGAGAGGCGAGCGCUCUGGCCGUCUUUUGACGGAACAUGUACUCUGCAGUGAUGGCGGAAGCCGGCGCCCCCGCUGUCAUUUUCUGAGCCAUGAACACGUCGGUACGAAGCUCCAAAUCGCGAGCCAGCCUCUCGGGGAAGCAGUCAUCCGCUUUCUCCUCCAUCAUGUCGGCUAGGUGGAGACUUGUUGUAGAUGAGGGAUACGAAGAGAUGAGUGUAAGCGGCAUCAAACCGGUCAUGCGCGAUACGGACCGUCUUCUGCCAAGAGAAGGGGAUGAUCUUUUGCUCAGAGAGUCGAUAGAUGAUUCGGAAUCUGUUUCGUGAUAUUGAAAAGGACUUGUUAUAAUCCUCAAGCCGUCCAGGGGGUUGGAGGCUGGGUCAAAGGCGGGUGAUGGCAUCAAGUGUGACACGACACAGGGACUGGAGCCGUUUCAAGACUGGAGUCGGCGUCUAUUAUACGAAGUCAAAGUGACGCGGGAUGGGGGGACAACAAAGAAAAAAUACAACGAGAAAACAGGUUGCAGGGUGGCCCAAAGUCAACGGCGGCUUAUACCUUGGAUGCGAGACAAGUGAUGGGGACGUUGAGAGACACUGACAAGGGGUGCGGCGUGUAAGUGAUGGCGUCAGGGAGGGUUUGUGGCAAUGUAUACUGUUGCCGUCUGGAAUCAGGGACAGACGUUGAUUCACAGACAAACGGGCGCCGUGUUGUUCAAGUAUUCAUUUCGAUCGCCCUUCCGGUUGGGCCUUGGCUUCUAUUCUGAACGAGUUCCACCAAUUCCAGGCAGGCGUAGACGGCCAAGCGCAUGUUGGCCCUGUACGGACGUGCAGUGGGGGCGCCAUCACAGAAGCAAAAAAACGGCGGUGCUCGGACGAAAAAGCAACGCUCGAUACUCUUGGACGCUGGCUAUAGCGCACCUGAGGCUAAUAUUAACCUGACAAAGUGUGUCAGCAGCCAGUAAAGAAGGCCUGCUUAAAUUAGUUCAGUAGCCGAACCUAAGAGCAGGGCUGGCUGGGUCGUCCAAGAAGAGUCGUGUAAGAUACAUCCAGAAGGCGGCACAGAGCAUCAAAGAGCUUCUUAUCGGGUUUUGCAGAGUUGCUCAAGGAGAACGAGUCGCUUCAGAUAAAGUACAGUGGUACCAAGCACAUGGCGCAAGACGAGAACGUCAAGCUACAUAGCAGACGCCGCCAGCAGCCACCCGCAAGGGGACCCCUGUGCCCUCACAAUCGGCUUGGUACACGAGCCGACCUAGCCUACCAUUUUAUUGGGACGGCAAGUUUGUCAACUCACAACCGUUGCUCCAUGCUGCAGCUCGUCUCCUGUAGUUUUUCCUUUUUUCCCUUUUCUGCCUUCGGCGAAUGCCUCUCGCUGCUGUGGCUGAGACUUGCUGCUCGAUCUGUUUGCCACCACGCGAAACCAACGACUUGUUUGGAAAUGAGAAGCAAUGUUUAAGACGCAGCCUAGUUAUCUUCCAUACGAUAUCGGUAACUCUGUUUUGAGAUGAUUGAAGGAAGUCCAGUCUUUCCCGUUCACGCCAAUGCCUCGGCCGCAGAACUUCAUCGACUAGCGCAAUGCAAUGAGGCCGUUAUUGCGCUUUCUUGCAUCAAGCCAUCGAAAUGAUGCAUGAUAGCCAGGGAGAAGAAAAGCGAUAACUCAAAUUUCACGGGAAAAAAAGAAAAGAAAUGACCACAAGACACGACGGGCCAUUGCAACCCACGACGGACAAGCGUGGGGAAGGCAAAAGAGUGAGAGGGGCGAGCAGAAGAAGAAACAACUGCAGUUUACGCCGCCAGCUGUACCAGGUGUUGACUGUUGCAGCAAGGGCCUACGUUGCCACUGGGAGAGCGCUGAAACCCCUGAAAAUACAGCACCCGUUAGCAGCGUCGUCCCACUGUAGAGUACGCUAAACGCAAGCCGGCAACAUGCUUUCUCUACUGGACCAGGCUAAGCUCCAGCUCCACCAAAUCUUUCAGCAUCGUCGUCCGAGGAAACUUUUUUCUUUUCCUGCUCGACGCUUUGCUUUUUCUUGACUUCCUUCGCUUCUGCAUACCAACCACACCAUUGCUAGUGCAUCUUCAGGCUGUUUAACUAUUGCCGCUAGCUUUUUUGUUGCUCUACAGCCUGGCAGUUUAGAGACAAAGAAAAAAAUACGAAAAAAAAGGAAUACACCGCGGUCUCUAUCAUGCUCACAGAAGAAAUCAUCUCGGCUGUUUCUGGGCCACCCAUUGGCGCAAACACAGCUGUCCCCAAAGAUGUUGGUAUCUAUUCGCACACUCUCACGCCAUCUUGGGGUAUUAAGUCGACCUUCAAGAAGAGUUCAACUCCCAAUAAUUGCAUGGCAGUGAGCAAUUCGCAUAUCUUCACAGCGCAGGAUCAAAAGUCGCAUGUUCACGUCUAUUCCCGUACGCGGGGCAACCAAGAAACAUUUGUUUCGUUCCAGGAAAGAAUUAGAAGCGUCGCACUGGCAGGCGAUGUUUUAAUCCUGGGAACUGCCGAAGGAAGACUCAUCUUAUGGGAGACUUGCACAGGAAGGCAGAUCAUUACACCCCCUUGCCACGUGCAGGCCAUUUGCUGCCUAGCUGUGACGUCCAAUCAUGUCCUGACGGCUUCAGAAGACUCCAACAUCAACGUCUGGUCGUUGGCACGACUCCUUGAGUUGGGUGCCGAUCCAGGCUUUGAGCCAGAUCUGACACUAUCCAACCACCGAUCCGCCAUCACUUCACUCGUGGCAGCCCCCGGUGAAAACCCAGAGACAAGCCUCUGUGUGUCGUCUAGCAAGGACAAGACAUGCAUUCUCUGGAACUUUAGAAAUGGUCAGGUACUUCGCACACUGCUCUUCGCCUCUAUUCCUCUCUGCACCACUCUCGACCCCUGCGGCCGCUCGCUCUACGUCUCUUGUGAAGAUGGAUCACUCUACAUGGUGGAACUUUUUGGCGGCAAGGCUCUCGUCGGUUCACGCAGUGCUGAGGUUUCAUCGUUAGUUGUUCAAGUGGACUCGCCACUUGGAGUUGCAGAUGCUGAGGCAGGCCCAGCCACUUGUCUAGCAGUCAACUAUGACGGCACUCUGCUUCUUACGGGACACACCAAGGGUAGAAUGCUGCGUUGGACACUGGCUGAUAGCAGCCAUCCUACGGAGCUGGCAAAUCUCAACGCCUCCAUCACAAACCUCACAUUCGUACCUCUUCUAAAGACAGACGGCAAUCACAAAACUGCCACCGUUGUCAAACCCAACCCCAACCAACGUCAGUAUACUAUCCAGAAGCAGCUGGGUAAUAGUGCCCAAGAACCGUCAAGAUUUGACUUGCUCAUGGCCAGUCAAGGCUUCCCAGCCGAGGCAAUCGCAAAAGCUGCCUCUACUGUAUCUGAUGGUGAAAUUGUGUCAAACAACAGCGCACUAGCUGACCUGCAACGGGAGAAUGAAGAAUUAAAGGAAAUUAUUAAGGAGCAAAAAGAGCUUCAAAAGGCUACUUUAGCAAGCCGAUGAUCUGCCAGAAGAAUCGGGUCACUAGCACUCUUGUAAAUAAUGCUUAAUGAUACCCCAUUGUUAUUAUGGCGUUCAAUCCUUAUUAUAUAAAUAUGUUACCUUAUUCAGUCUAUAGCGCCUUUGUAAGAGUCGUGAUGUAGUUGGCGU